CAAUCCCUACUUUCCAUUUACCAUAUUUCCAUCAUGGCGACGAAGAUGGGGUUAUUCAGAAUUGCUGCAAAUCAACUUGCUUGUUUGCUCAAGCAGACAUCCUUAAGAGGAACGACUGCUAGCAGUACUAGAUGCAUGCACUUCAAUUAUGUUCCCGAGACGCCCUCACAAGAUCAUGGAGAAACUGCACGGAUGAAUUUUUUCCAAUCCAUUACUAGUGCUAUGGAUAUUGCUAUGGCUAGUGACCCCUCUGCAGUUCUCUUUGGAGAAGACGUUGCCUUUGGUGGUGUGUUCCGAUGCAGUGUGGGCCUGAAGGAUAAAUAUGGAGCGGAGAGGGUGUUCAACAGCCCGCUCAGUGAGCAGGGAAUCGUUGCUUUUGGCAUCGGGAUUGCGCUCACAGGGUCCACUGCCAUCGCUGAGAUCCAGUUUGCUGACUACAUCUUUCCAGCUUUUGACCAGCUGAGGAGUGAGGCUGCCAUGUACCGCUACCGCUCGGGUGACCUGUACGACUGCGGCAAACUGACUGUGAGAGCUCCCUGCAGUGCCGUUGGACACGGGGCCCUGUACCACUCUCAGAGUGUCGAGUCUUUCUUCGCACAUUGCUCAGGACUUAAG